UUGGCUUGAGACCAUUGGCCUCAUCUACAUCUAUUGUACACAUGCAUAACAGCAUAGUGCAUGGUCAUUAAGCAAAACUUAACUAUUAAUUUUAGAUCUAUAUAGAUUAAUGUAGAAAAAUGAAAGCUGAAGUGUCAAAUAAUUGACCAAGUCAUAUUGGUAUCAUUCAUAUCAUAGGCGCCGGAACAGGGGGGGCAGAGGGGGCUAAAGCCCCCCCAGUCUUGAAACAGGAGGGGCUGAGCCCCCCCAGAAAUUCUCUGCAACUGACUAACAAAGAAAAUAAAACUGACUUUUAUCAGUAAAAUUAGACCUGCAGUCAUCAUCUCUUCAUUUUAUUUAAAGAAAAAGACAAGAAAACUACUCUAAAUCCAACAAUAGAAGAUUAGCACCAUUUUUUGUAAAAUUAGCAGCCAUUUUGUAUAAAACCACACCCAUUUUAAUAACUUAAUUGAUGUUCAGCCCCCCCAAAAUAAAUUUUGUUCCGCCGCCUAUGAUUCAUAUCUAUUCAUGAAUUUAAGUACAACUCAGCAUGCAUUAUCAUCAAAAUCUUAGUUGGUAAAGAUGGCUCUUUUUAAGCUUGUCUUUCUAUCUUUUUUUGCUAUUGCUGCAGCUACAGUCAAUGCUAAACCAAACCUAGUGUUUGUACUGGUUGAUGAUUGGGGGUUCGCUGAUGUCAGCUUUCGUAAUCCAGCAAUCUCAUCUCCUCAUUUUGAGAGCCUGGCUACAAAGGAAGGUCUCAUUUUGGAUAGACAUUAUGUCUUCAAAUAUUGCUCACCAUCUCGUGCUUCGUUUCUAACCGGACGCUUCCCCCAUCAUGCUCACCAAUGGAAUCCGCCACAAAGUGGACUAGUUGGAGCAAACAUAAACAUGACAAUGAUUCCUGCUAAACUGAAGACAGCUGGUUACAAGACGCACAUGGUGGGCAAAUGGCACGAGGGAUUCUAUCUUAAAAAGUUCCUCCCGAUUAACAGAGGAUUUGAUACUAUGUCUGGAUUCCUCGGAGGAGGAGAGGAUCACAUGACGCAAGAGAUAAUCUGUGCAGUUGACUACUGGAAGAAUGAUGCCAUAGACACAAGAAAUGGAACAUAUGAUGAUUAUACUUACGUAGAGGACCUUUCUAAAAUCUUGACCAACCAUGAUCCGUCUGAUCCAUUCUUCUUAUACCUUCCGUUACAUAAUGUACAUGCUCCAUUGCAGGCUCCGGAUGAGUUUUUGAACUUAUAUCCUGUCAAUUCAACAUGUUCUGAUCGACGUACAAUUCAAGCAAUGGUCAGUGUUGCCGAUAAUGUCACAGGUUUUGUGGUGAAGAUGUUAAAAGACAAAGGAAUGUGGGACAACACGUUAAUAGUGGUAUCAGCUGAUAAUGGAGGUGCCCCUUGUGAGGGUAGCAACUAUCCAUUGAAAGGAUCAAAAAUGACUUUUUAUGAAGGAGGCGUCCGAUCACUAGCCUUUGUUAGUGGUGGGUUAUUGCCUAGUGAUAGAAGGGGGAAGAAAACAGAAGGAUUCAUUCACAUUGCUGAUUGGUACACCACUUUCUGUCAAUUGGCUGGUGUUGAUUCUGAUGAUUCUGGGGCUGGCAAAUUUCCUGUUGAUGGUAUGAAUGUAUGGCCUAUACUAACUGGAGAGAAUGAGAAAACGCAACAUGAACAAAUACCGCUAGGCUAUCACUUUGAUUUCAGUAGCAACUCAAAUACG